AUGUACGGUUUAAUUCACACCUUACUUCCUCGAGAAGAUGAUAAUGGCGCCUCUCAUGGCCGACAAGCAUUGGUCGUCACUGCAGUACUAACCGCCAUUUCAACUUUCAUUGUCGCAAUGCGGUUCUAUGCGCGACUUGGGCUGAUGAAAAUCACCGGUCGUGAAGAUUGGGCUAUUCUGAUCUCUUUGAUGUUUUCCAUUAUCUACCUCGCACUCGUCGCUGCCCAACUACAUUAUAAGAUUGGCGUCCACUCAGAACUUCUUUCCAGUCAUGUUUUGCAGCAACAACUGAAGUGUUUGUGGGCUGCGAUUCCCAUGUACAAUGCCAGCUUGGCAUUCACCAAAUUCUCCAUUCUCUUCCAAUAUCUGCGCAUCUUUCCCGGCAAACCUUUCCGCCUCGCCUGUUAUGCCACAAUGGCAAUCGUGGCCACUUACUCUUCGUGGGCUAUUGUGAGCGGCUUCGUGAACUGUGUCCCUGUGGCCAAAUUUUGGAACAAGGACUUGCCAGGCAACUGUCUCAACUUCGAGGCUCUCUGGUUCUUCAAUGCUUCAAUGAAUAUUACAACCGAUAUAGCACUACUAUUGUUGCCUAUGCCGUUACUAUCCAAACUACAGCUGCCCCGUACGCAGAAGAUUGCCCUAAUCGGCGUCUUUGACAGCAAUGUCGCAGCCGCCUACUGGACUGCCGCAGAAUGCAAUGUCGCCAUCACGUGCUCUUGUCUCCCAUUCUUGCGACCCAUCAUCGGCCGUAUUUUCCCUCGGCUUCUCUCCGCAGGGAGCUCCAACCGCUAUGCAGCCAACAAACCCACGGUGAUGAACCUCACUGGAACUCAGACUAUAACACGUCAUACUCAGCUGUUUAGUCAGAACCACGACAAGGACUAUGAUAUUUAUUCGAGCAAUGUUAGGCCUGGUGAUCACUCCAGCCACAGUUCACUAGGCGGUAUCGAGGUUACCACCGAAAUGAGCGUUAUGGAGGAGGUGCCUCUGAAAAACAGUACUAGUGAGCAUAGGCUAGUUAUGGAUGCUUGA